GAGCAUGGUUUGGAAUCCGACCAAGAUUUUAACCUCAAAGAUAUGCUAAGUAAACAAAUCCUAGCAAAUAUAUGUGCCACUCAUGUACACACUGCGCAAAUAGAAACAAAAUGUCUUAUCUUAUUUGUUUAUGAUCUGCAGCCUAGGUUUCCAUGAUGGAAUUUAAAGUAAAAGGAGAAAUUGCGCCGGUUUUUACACCAUUCAAACAAAAUGGGGAUGUAAAUUUGGAUGUAAUUCCACAAUGUGUGCAGCUUUUACUUAAAGAUAAGUCUUUGACUGGUAUUCUUGUUAAUGGAACUAGUGGUGAAGGUAUGUCUAUGAAUACAGCUGAAAGAAAGGCCACAGCUCAAGCUUGGAUGCCAGCUGUAAAGUCACAAAAGAAUCCAUCUCAUGUGAUGAUUCAAGUUGGAGGUACUUCUUUACCAGAUGUGCUAGAGUUGGCAAAACAUGCAGAAAGCAUCAAAGCUGAUUCAAUUCUUUGUUUGCCUGAUCUUUAUAUGAAGCCAAGGAAUAUUUCAGAAUUGGUGGCGUAUUUGCGAGUUGUUUCGAAAGCGGCUCCUAAUACUCCGUUAUUAUAUUAUCACAUUCCUAUGUUUACCAAUGUCAAUAUUCAUAUGGGACAGUUUUUACGUUAUGUACGUGAAAAUCCAGGAUGUAUUCCUACUUUUGUUGGAAUUAAGUUCACUUCUAAUGAUUUGGAUGAGGGAUAUGAAGCGUUAAAAACGGGAUUUUCUGUUUUCUUAGGUGCAGACACGUUAAUGCUUUCCGCUUCACACUUGGGUUUCGAUUCAGUAAUAGCAACGUCUCUGAACUUUUACACCACACAAAUAAUGGAUACAACCAAGUCUAACUCCCAAAGGCAAAAAGAACAACUUGAAUUAAUCAGCGAAGUGAAGCUAAUAACCAAAGAAGGAUGUGGUUGGGUACCAUCAAUGAAAGUGGCAAUGAAUUUAAAAUCCACCGUCAACUAUGGUCCUGUUAGAGCACCAUUACCAGCAUUGACUGAGAAACAAGUCACAGAAAUGAAACAAUCGCUUGCGAUCACCGAAAAACAUUUGUCGCUCAAAGUGAAAAUGUAAAGUACAGAGUGAUUCUUUAGGAUUAUAAUCAUUAUGAACACCAAGUACUGUCUAAAUUGCAUUUCUCUUGAAACCAUAAAUACAUCAGUUGGUCGUUUUCAGGUAAUUCUUUUAAUGUCUCUGGUAACUUGCUAAACUGCUUCUGUAACAUUUAAUAUAAUCAACAUUUUAAUAUCUUAGUAUUAUAACAAGAGAUUUUACCAUU